AUGUCGCGGGCUCUCGACAAGGCCACGGCGGCGGCCCUGCAGUCUGGCGACCCGGAGGCGGCAUUCUGUGCCAUCGCAGAUGUCUUGACCGAGACAGCGGAGCAGCAAGAACGUCUUGAAAUCGAGUUUCUCGGUCGCGAGCAUCCUCCGCUGCCUGACGGCGGCUACGUCCUGCGGGAAGGCAAUGCCGUGGCUGUACCCAAGCUGGCUCUCGUGCAAGCCUUUAUCGUCGCCCGGGAGACGCUGCAAAAGCACAGAGCGGCGACGUUUCUGCUGCCCGCGACCGACGCCGUGCGCACACGCAUCCUGCGCGCCACGGCGGUGCUGCUGCUGAUGGACCCGGAGCACCUGACGGCCGCCAACACGCGCAAGCGGCUGAUACUGGAGGACCUUCUGUCGGCCAGUGCCGACGCCGCGGCCGACGCCCCUGUUGCUUCGCGCGCGUCGCAACUCCUCGCAGACGAGCUCCACCUCAUCGACAGCCUUCUCACCAGCCACCUGCACCGGCACACCAAGUCGCCGACGCUCUGGAGCCACCGGCGCUGGUUGCUUUUGCGCCUGGCGAACCCGGCGACCGACCGGACUCGUCUGCGUCGCGAUGUGACGCACGUCGUCACGGUGGCGGCCGUGCGGCAUCCACGCAACUACUACGCAUGGGAGCAUGCGCGGUGGCUUGUGCAGUGGCAGAGCCAGGGAUCCAGAAAAUCCAGAAAUGGCACACCAGAGACGGACGAACACGACGACGAGAAGCUGCAGCUCGUCGUGCUCGUGCGCGACUGGUGCUAUCGGCACCACACGGACACGUCCGGGUGGUCGUUUCUCUUCUUCCUUCUUGCCUCGCUGCCGUCUUCACCGCGCCGCACAGACGCUGCCCCGGCACAGCCAUCGCCUCUGUACGAAGAGACGGUUGUGCAGGUCGAGGAGAUGGCCACGUCGCUGCGUUGGACCGGUGAGGCCGUGUGGGUGUUUCUGCGCACGGCCGUGGCCUACCUCGAGCACUUCCGGCGCGAAACUGGCACCACCACCAGUGACGCCAGUGUGGCUACGGAGGAGCACAGUCGGUUGCAAGCAGCUGCUUCGACGCUGCUCGCCACCGUUGACCCAACGUCCCACGAGCACCAAAUUCUGACGAGGGCACAGGCGUGGUGCGCAACAAGUACAGCCGGACAAACCGGCACCCAGAGCAACGCCACGUGA